AUGGCUGACGAUGACGAGUUCCAGAGGGUGAUCGAGGCCAGCCUUUUCGAGGAGAAGCAGAGACGAAUCUAUAAUAUGGUGGAAAAUUUCUUCCCAAAUCUGCGAUUCGAGGACGCAAUCGAUUAUGCCAGUAUGGACGAUGAGGCCCUGAUGGCCCAGCUACACCAGUUAUCAGAGGCCAUGGCCCCACAGCCGCCAAAACCCGUUGUUGCUCGAAAACCAGCGCCAUUGGUUGUACCAAAGAGAAAGCCGAUCAAUUUGCGGCCUAUUGCGGGCGCUGGCUCCGGAGCAAAGACUGUAUUGGUUCGACGACCGGGCGAAUUCGAAGAUGACAUGGAAGAAAUCGAUCUCGAUGAUUUCCAACGGGAGAAGACUAUCGAAGCGCUUUGGAAUGAAGUGAACCGCAGACAACAUUUCCUCGAUACAAACAAAGUGACGAGGACCGACGAUCAGCGCACGACGCUCAAUAUGUUUCUUCGAGACCAAUUCCCUUUGAUCAGACAAGCAGGCAUUAAUGCUCUACUCAAUGAACAUGACUUCUACCAAGUGAUCCUGUUCCUCAAGCUGUACGAUUUGGGAGAAGAAGAGGAGCUCCGCUCGAAAAAUUGCUUACCUCCCAGCUCGUAUGGAAGCAUGGCUGCUGACAAUCAGCGCUCGCGAGCUGCUGAAGCCGAACGCCGUCAUCGCACCGAGAUACCGGAUUUUGCUAACCGGAUGUGGGCCAAUUACGAACAGAUCGUGCAGACAGAUUUCACCCAUUCUAUCAUCGAAUUCUCUCGUUUCGACUGUCCGAUUUGCUUCGAUACUUUUGACAACAGAGAGGCGGUGUUCUGCACGACGUUGGGAAAUUUGGAUCAGUGGGAGGAGCAACAUUCCUUCUGCCAGGAGUGCGUGCGUGGUCACGCGAACUCUUCCACCACCGAUAUGGCUCUUGGAGCGGGAGGCGCUGGCGUGAGAUGCGCCUGGCCUAAAUGCGAAGGGGUCAUUCUACGCUCUCGUGUGCUGCAGCUUCUCGAGGGAAAGGACAAAGAGCUCUUUGAAAGACGAAUCGACGAAUGCGCGCUCAAUGGUGCAAAUCUGCAUAAUAUAGUCAGAUGUCAGCAAUGCCCGUUCGCUAUGGAGAUCGAGUGCGGAAAGGAGUCACAUCCAAUCUUCGAAUGCGGCCGGCCGGAGUGUGGCUUCAAGUUUUGCCGGCUGUGCGAGCGUCCCUACGACGAGAAGCACAAGGACAAGAAAUGUGCUGACGUCUUGACAAGACAUGACGAGGCCCGUCUUCGACGUGAAGAAGAGCUGACCAAGAUUACGAUCCGAACGUGCAACAAAUGCAGCCUUGAAUUUAUGAGGGAGGACGGAUGCAGCAAAAUGACAUGCAGCCGGUGCGGCACUCUCCAAUGCUAUGUUUGCAAGAAGACUAUCGCCGGAUAUGAUCACUUUAGUGAUGCCGGCUGCAAACUCUGGACCACUAACGAUCAAGUUUCGAAAAUGAGCGAGGAGGAGCGUCUUGCCACGGUUCGGGCAAUGGCCGAUGCAGAUCUUCUAGAAAAGGAUCGAGCCGGCUUCGUC